CUCCCUCUCUCUCCCUCUCCCUCUCUCCUCUCUCUCUCUCACCAUCAGCUGUGAUUACUUUGGUAAAAGUGCUGCGUCACAGAGAACCAAUUUUCUUAAUGCACAGCUGACACACACACACACACACACACUGAUAGCAUGGUUAUUGAUGAGGUAAAUGGGGAGGGGGGCAACACGAGGGCCCACACACUGCUGGGAAAUGAAGAGAGAGAGAGAGAGAGAGUGAGGAGAGUGGGAACAGAGAGGAGGACAUGCUCGAUGGGGACAAAGAGAUGGACAGCAUGAGAGACGAAUAGAAAGAAAAGUGAAGGAGGAAUAAGACGAACGGGGACGACAAAGAUGCCGGCGCUCAUGAGUGGAGACCACGAAGAUCUGGAGAUGGAGCGGUGUCCCGUUAACGAGCUCAUGAGGCAAAGGACAUAGAGAAGGAGACAAGGAGAAGGAGGGGACACCCAAGGACGAUGGACUGGUUGCAGACAGGACGAGAAAGCGAGUAAAAUGUCUCUGAGGGACGGCUUCACUCUCCAUCGGGCGCUGUUAGAUAUGAGGGCAGAACAAAUCGAGCUGAUCCCGAACCUCAGACGGCCGCGGGACGGUCAUGAAAUGAGAGCAAGCACAAUCAGACAACUCGCUUCCGGUGCUUUUGCAAACUGGAGACGGUCUGUCCGCACACACUGUCCUCAGUGAGGCGUCACAGGGACAAACAAACACAAGGUUUUAAAACGUUUUUUAAAACCUUUGGUAGUAGAGUGCACGCUGUGAUGGUUUUACUCAGAAUUCGUCACCAUUUCAUCAGGAAGUCGCCAGAAACGAUCGCCCAGUCGUGUUUUCACUGACUCUACAAAGACGAGCCUGGAGAUACUUUGACCAGGAUGAGUCGGCUGAAAUUUUACAACAGAGAACGUUUUCCCAGAAGAGCAGGAGGGAGGGGGGUAUAGUCGACGGUCUUCAUGCUGAAUGGGUUUGCGACACACUAUGACUUUAACUUCUCUCAUACUCCACAGUCUGAUCGGAUGAACUUAGGAGGAACUUAAGGGUAAAGAUAUUCCUUUAAGGCUGGGGCCGCCUUUUGAUAAUCCGUCAUUUGAAAUCUCAAAAAGGGCCUCACGUGCCAAAGAAACCAGUAUUUCAGUCAUGUACCAACGAGGAGACUUUUUAAUACAAUUCUGUACAAACCUUUCAGUCCAUUUUCUAGACCACCUCCUAUUUUGGAUCCCAAGAUAUGAAAAUGGACAAUCACACUUCUGGAAGUAUCUCAGUUUAUGUUAAAUUGUCUUCCGGGAAUUCCUGAAACCUUUUUGGUUUGAACACUCCUUUUGCAUGGUGUUUAAUUCACUUUACCCACAAUACACCUGGAGCCUCUCCUCUCACCACAAUCACCCCUCCCACCUUUUUAAAGGACCUUAUGCCUCUAUGAUACACGAGGAAUCACAUUUUUCCAGAAAAUAACAGGAAUUUCAGGUCAAACUUUCCCAAUCUAUGCACCAAAAAGACACUUCAUUUACCGGAGUCCAUCGUAUCCAGGGGAAGAAAGGUCACGGUCCACGAUUCAACCGGUCCGUCUUCCAACUGCGAUGACAGGGGCUCGGAAUUCCUCAACAAUGGAAUGUGAUUUUGUUCCAAACCUUCAGUAGCCUGCAAAAAAAGAGAGAAAGUGGCGUCAUUGCGUUUACUGUUGCACUGAGCAUCUACGACCGAUACCGUAGCAACCUGUGAAGGAGUGCUGCAGCAUGGGACUCAGCUGUUUCAAGUCCUGGAAAAAUGACAGUACAGGCCACAAAGGAAACAGAGAUGUGUUGGCCAGUCCGGGCUCGUAUUUCUUCCUGUCCAACAGCGCCGGUCAGGGUGAUGAGUGGUUGAAGAGCCUCAACAAGGGAGUGUGGAUUCCUUUUACAGGGGUGUUUGGGCAGAGCUUGGAGGAGACGGUGCUGUAUGAGCGGCGUUAUGGAAUGCGUUUGGUUCCUCUGGUGGUGGAGCAGUGCGUGACCUUCAUCCGGGAGCGUGGCCUGCAUGAAGUGGGCUUGUUUCGUCAGCCUGGACAGGCCAGUCUGGUGAAGGAGCUGCAGGAGGCUUUCGAUUCAGGCGAGAGACCGUCCUUCGACAGUAGCACAGAUAUCCACACGGUGGCUUCACUGCUGAAGCUCUACCUCAGACUGCUGCCUGAGCCUCUGGUGCCUUACAGCUGCUACCAGGACUUCCUGCUGUGUGGACAGAGGCUGAGGAGUGACCGCGCACGGGGUUUGGAGGAGUUGAGGAUUCUCCUGCAUGAGUUGCCAGUUGCAAACUUCAACCUACUCAACUUUAUUUGCCAGUUUCUGGAUGAAGUGCAGAGUUAUUCUGGUAGCAACAAAAUGAGCGACCAAAACCUGGCCACUGUGUUUGGGCCAAACAUCCUCCGAGCAAAGGCACAGGACCCGCAAAGCAUCAUGGGAGGUGCAGCGCUCGUUCAUGUGCUGAUGCUGGAGUUGAUCCGAGGUCACGAGUCUCUGUUUGCCAAAGUCUCUCCGCCCGCCUCCGACCGUCCCCCUGGAGGUCGGCGUGCGUCGCCGAGCGCUCUGAGACAGCCUCACCUUCACUCGUCACCCUGCCUUCGCCAACUGUCCAUGCCGCUCAUCGCAGAGCGCUCCCGAGAUCCGGGACGGUCUGCUUCUGAUGCGCGGACCAACAGCUGCGCCUACUCUUCUGCAGCCAACUCUGAGUCGUCCUGGGCCCAGAAGAGACUCCUCGGCCACCGCUACACCUCGUCCCACCCAGAGAACUGCUUCUACCCCCUGCCUUCCUUAAAUCAGUCCCCUCAGAACCACGGCGACAGACUAGAUUAUCACCAGCGUCGUGCUGGUGAAGGAUCAUCUUCUUCACAUGUCCAAGCAUCUUCAUCUAGCCUCCAGCUGCAAGACAGCUCCACGUCCAGACUGAUGGUCACAGGCUGGACAAAGGUGUGGCCGGGGCCGGCGGAGGCUGACGCUGGUUUCUGGACAUCUGCUGCGGCAGAGGACGAAGGCGCGGAACCAGAAUCAGCGAGUGGGGGCAGCAGUGAUGCUCAGGAGGACAGCGCCACUUCUGCUUAUGACAACCUGGACGGAGCGCCUUCACGUCAGAGGACGGAGGAUGGCGAUAACGAAGACGAUGAAGACAAUCACUCAGUCGGCCAUGUCGGAAGUGGUGAGGAAGAAGCAGAGUUAGGGGAAGCCGGGAAGACAAGAGACUCCUCUUCUUCGUGGUCUUCCUGUGAGGGUCUACCACUGGACGAGCGCAUUGACGUUGUGGAGCCAGUUGGUUCACCACAAAAACCUGAAAGGUUAGCCUCAAGUCGGGAAGCAGAAGAGGAAAACAACGGCAAUCAUGAACGCAUCAUCACUGAUGAUGAUGAUGAUGAUGACAGCAUCCAUCAUCCCAACUCUCCAGCCUCUGUAAUCUGUGACAGCCCUCUGAGUACGGGAAGUUCAGAGGUGUUCCUCCCCUCGGGUCCCGCAGACCUCCAUGGACCUGAAUCUCUGCCACAGUCUGCGGACGCUCACUCGCUCCUGGGUAAACUGCAGCAGCAGAUGGCUCAGCAGAAGUCUGAGUACCAGGCCAGGAUACAGAGGUUGGAGCGCUGCAACGACGUCCUGAAGCGGCAGGUGGCCUUGCUGCGGGUCAGUCUGGAGCAGCAGAGGCGCAGCCAGAGCGUCGCCGAGCUCAAGAUCCGCAACAUGGAGCGAGCCAAGGCCGACGCGGACCUCCAGAACGACACGCUGCAGAGAGAGAUGGAGAUGUUCUUCCAGAUGUACGGGGAGAUCAAGCGGAAGGGCGGGGACGGAGCGAGAGGGAGCCUCUGAGGAACGGACGCCAAGAGAAAGUGUAUGGAAAGGUCAGAGGAGGAGGAGUUAGGUCAUGAGGGUUGACUGGAGGAAGCUUGAUCCAAAGUAGACUAUGAAGGAAAGUUGAUAGUUGACAGGCUGUUGGGUGGAGACACUGAUGGAUCCUCUCAAUGAAGACUCAGUCAGACUUUCAGGGUGUUCCAAACAAUCCAAAAAAAUGAAUGCGGAUGCUUUGUUGACAUAUUUAAAACCCUCUAAAACACACAGACUUUUUAUUUUGUUCCUGAAGUGUACGUGGAAUCUGUUUGUACAUCAAACGCGUUGGUAUUCAAAGAUUUCUGAUUGAUGCAAUAACCUGUACGAUCGUCCUCUGAACUGUGUCCUGUUCACGCUGCAUGACCACACUUUUCCAUUAAAGGUUCAAUAAAACAAUGGUUUCUGCACA